AUGGAAAGUAAGUUGACACCAUUACAGAACUAGAGAUCAUUGUAAUAGGCUCGAAGUAAAUUCGCUUGAAAUCUCUAUUGUGACAUAAGCUUCACCUUAAUGUUUUUACUGAUUUGUUUCCAUUUUGUGUUCUCGGUUUCCUUUUUUUCCACUUGCCGUUUCUCAUGAGAUAGGAACAUCCCUCCCAGUGGGUGAAAGUUCUUUGCGCUCAGUGUUGGUGAUAGAAUUGAACAUACUAUUCAUCGAGUAUCGAAGGAGCAAACAUUCGGGAACUUUUAGUGCAAGUACUUUGUUACGUUCUCUACCUCAUCGAAAGCACAGAUAAAACACAAACUUACAGAGGUUUCGUCAAGGACUUAAGGAGUUCUGAAACUUUUGCCAGAAACAACAAAAUCAGCAUCAAAAUUUAAUUGUUGAAAAAAAAUAACAUAAUAUAUUAGAUCCCUGCAUUUUUGAGUAAAAGUCGAAAACCAUGGUAAUAAAUUAUUCCUUCCCUACCUCGUCUCUUACAUCCUUCCUUCAUCUAUUUGCAACAAUGAAGUAACAUUACCACAAUGUAAGUCAUAGAUGUCGGCUGCGGUUAUAUAUACCUCGCCUCGUAACUACCACUCUGACAAACGAAUUAUUCAAAAUUUUCACUUUCUUUGGCUUGCCUAAUAGAAUGGAAAACUUACAUAGAGAGCUUUAGGUCUGCGAUAAUUAUUUUUCCAUUUAUUUACAUUUCCUGGAUUAGUCUUAAAGUUUAUUACUAGUAUAAUCGUGUUGCCUAUUCUUCAAAAACGUGAAGAAAUGUGUUCGCGCUGGCGGAACGUCUUUAAAUGGCUUGAUCAAGAUUCUUCACAACCUUUGGAGAAAGUAAUGUAUAAAUUAGUAUGAAGUAUCAUUCCUAGCAAUUCUCUGAUUUAUUUUUGUAACUUAAUCACGUAAAGUGAUAGGCAAAUGAUUGACUAAAGAUUUAAGAAAUUUUUCAUUUACCAAAUCGGAAGCCUAGUCUUAUUGCCCUAACAUCCUAAGAUUGAUAAAUGGUAUUGAGGAGAGUUGUACUUAAAUAUCGUUUUUUACAUCUGCAGCUUACAACUCUAGGCACCAAAGUGAUACCUCACAGGAAAAAGUCCAAAGAAAUGGUAAGCUAAAGCUCACUACCAUUGAUAUCAAGAAGUGCUUGUGAACUACAAUAGUCUCAAUUCAAGUUUUCGAUACUGAAUCUUUACUUAAGGGUGCUUUUCAUUUGUCUCGUGCUCAUCACAGUCAGGUUAGCCGUUUGCUUUUUACUCGCUCUUGGUGCAUAUGAUGAGUAAAUAUUAAAUAGUACCGACCAAGGUGAUUGAUUUUAAUCAUUAUUUACGUAAGCAACUUUCAAGCAGGAUGAAAACUUUCCAAGCAAUGGUAAGCCAAAGCUCACUAGUUUAACAAUUACUUAGCAGCUUCUCAAACUCAAGUUAAUUUGAAGUAACACACUUGAUUACUUUCAUUUAAUUUACUGAAGACCUUUUGCGUAGAUUGGUGGUGUGCGCAUUUCAGUGACCAAAGGCACACAAAAUAAAUUAUGGAAAUACAUUGACAAGCGUUCAUCUGCGGAUCUUUGGCAAAGGUCUUGUGCAUUAUGUGUUAGUUAAUUAUCCUUUUCUGCAGACACAAGUUACCCGGAUACCAUUACUAUACUGUAUAUCAAAUUAUAAUCACAGAGCCUCUGCAGUUUGCACCUUUAGACUCGCGUGAUAUUACGCAAUGGGAAAAUUACACCUUCUGGGAUACUGCUCGUUUAAAUUAUAUUUCUUUGGUAAGAUGGUAAGGUCAUGCACAGUUUCCCAAGGAGUUGGCGAGUGUCGCUUUCAGGGGUGUCGCGAAACUUCUUUUAAAUUUUUAGUGCGCGCGCUCUGAUUUACUGUUUUGCUAGAAUCGUUAGGUGGAGCAACCGUUCUUGGAGUGUACGAUUAUGCGCUAUAUACGCUUAACUGAUGCUAUAAUGUGUAUUGUCAACACGUGAAUGGCGUAUUUGACCAAAAUUACUCUGAACUAACGAAAAAUUAUCAAUGUUAGGUGCCCAAGACGUCAAAAUACCUAUGACGGUACUUUCACUCAUAGAGCGUGGCCUCGAGAGAAACGACACCUCCGACAUCGAGGGCAUAUGGCCUGUUAUUUGGGAUUUCGCCGGCCAGGCAGUAUACCAUGCCAUUCAUCCCAUUUUCCUAUCGCAAGAAGCCAUAUAUGUCCUUGUGUCAGAUCUUACGGAGGAGUUAUGUGCUCCCGCCCAAUGUCGGAUAAGACCGCAUAAUCACGAUGAAAUAGAAGUAAACUCGCCUUACGUCGCGGACACUAAUCUCGAUCACAUGAUGAGAUGGCUGGACUUGGUGCACUCUUUGGGACGGCCAGAGUUUCAGAUAAGGUCGGCAAAUACUAGGGAUGUUUUGCCUCCUGUGGUGCUUGUGGGUACACAUGCUGAUGGUGUAAGGGAUCCUUGCAAGGAAAUGGAAUCUGUGAUGGAAACCAUUCGCAGCAUGGCUCAUCCAGCAACCUUACAACAUAUUUCCAAAGAAUCAUUCUUCAUAGAUAACACAAAUCCAAACAGAGAAGACGACCCACAGAUCGUUUCUUUGCGUGCGGAAUUAUUGGAUCUGGCUAAAAAAUUGCCUCAUAUCAACAAGGUAAUCCCUAUGCAGUGGCUCCGUGUGGAACAAAAAAUCGACAAAAUGGUGAAAGAAAAAGGGAAACGUUAUGUUGGCAAAAAGCGUUUUACAGAAGACAUUUCUAGGGGCAUUUGCCAGUUUCAUGGCACAGAUGACGUUGAAGAAUUGCUGCACUUUUUACAAGCUCGUGGAAGAGUUAUCUACCAAGAUCUCCCUGAAAAUCCAGAUGGUUUGGUCGUGCUGGAUCCGCAGUGGUUAAUUAAAAUACUAUGUGAGAUAAUUACGGUGAGUCCACCAUGGAAAAACGACCCUGUUAUUCAGAAAGAUUACGAAGUCCUUGGGAGAAAAGGACUGCUUUCGCAGCAGUUGCUAGAUCGAGCGUUUGAACACCUUGAAUUGAAUGAAAUAAGAGAUUCACUGAUUCAUAUCAUGGAAAGUUUUGAUGUUAUAUGCAACUCUAAGAACUGCAAGGGGGAAGAUUACCCUUUCUUUGUUCCAUGUAUGUUGAAACCACCGAAGAAGAAUACGAGAGGCACAAACAUGCGCAAUGGUCCUUUGCCCGUAUUUCUCACAUUUAACACCAACUACGUUCCAAGCGGGCUGUUUUGCAGGCUGGUUGUACAUUUUUGGGAGGAAUUUGCCUCACAAUUAUGCCGUGAUUCCCGUAUGGCCCCUUCGUUGUUUUCAAACGCCGCCAGAUUCCAUGUUAGUGAAGUGUACCAGCUCACUCUAGAGUGUCACAAAACUGUGAUCGAGUUGAUAAUCUGGACACCGCGAGACUCGGAUGAAAUGGAAGAGAAAAGAAUUUGCGAAGAUUUAUUGAGGUAAGCCACAAUAAUAUCUGGCAUUAUUUCAUUUCAUUUAAACUUAAUAAUUACUGAUAAAGUAAUAUUAAAUGGAAUGCCAUAAUAAAAAAGAUUGAUGAAAUACUAUCACGUUAAACAAGGGGAAACUUAAAGGCCCUCUUUAAUUUUCUUGACUUUUUCAAUCGUUCUGAUUCCUGUGACAGGUUUUUUUUUCAGAUUUAGGACCUUUUUGGGUGCUGAUUUUUUCGAUGAGGUGGGAUGCCUUCAGUUAAAUGUACAUGACAAUGAGUCACGCUUGCGUUAUUCGCCUUGUUGAUGUCCUUGUUGCUAUGUUUGUCCAUUGCAGUCUUCUGGAGCGUUGCAGGACUAGGCUAAGCGUCACCUGUCUGUGGUUACGAUCAGUUACGAUGGAAUUGUAUGUGAAAUGCCAGCUGUGUGAACCUUGUCCAGACAAGUGUCGUGACGGAACCAAUAUUUGCAUAUUGCACAAAGAGAAAGGCUGCUCUCAUUUUGACUGUGGCCACUACAUUCCGUUAAGAAGCUUUGGCCUGAGUUGUGAACACUCCGUUGAUGCUGUUCCCGACUAUCCAGCAGAAAAACUGGAUCCUUGGGUUCAGGUUAGAAAAAAGACAAUUUAA